AUGGCAGGCUUCUACACUCAACUCAAAGCAAUUUUGACAUUAGCCCAGGCUAAAAUGGCUGGUUUUUUCGACGUUCAAGGUGAUGGAAAAUUCAAAAGAUAUUUAGUAACUUAUGAGAAAGAGAAGCCAUGGUUUCACGGCCUUAGCAAGGGUGAAAAAGCUUCAGCAAAGAAGGAAGCAAGGGAAAACAUCAAGAAAGCAAGGAAAGAUCGGCUUGACCCUGAGAAGUCUUCUACAACAACCCUUGAUUUGUUAAUGCAAAAUUUGGAGAAAGAAAAAUCAAACAGUGAGAGUGAUGGUGUUGAAGUGGAGAUCAAUCCAAUGAUGUCUGGUUUAGAGAACGAUGACCAAUCAGUCACGUAUGAAGAACUCCGGCAACGGCUUCGUCGUAAAAUUGAAGAGCUCCGAGGAGAUAGAAAUUGCGGAAGUUCAGAAAAAGCUAAAUGGAGGAAGGAGAAGAGAGGGAUUGAGCAAAAGAAACGGAAGAGGGAAUCUGGGUCUGGAGAAAAGAAUCAUGUCACGAGUACUUCAUUGGAAAGGGUGGAGAAGGAUGCAGAAGAAGCUACAAAGGAGCUCAAGUUUAGUCAUGUUAAAAUGGGCACUGAAGAAGAGCAUGGGAAGAAGAAGAAGAGGAAGAUUUCAAAGUUAAAGGAGCUUGAAAAGGCAAAAGAAUUGGAAGAAGCAAAGAAAGAUCCAGAGAAAGGGGGUGUUAUCUCAAAGAAGCAUUCAUGGAAAGCAGCUACAAGUAGAGCUGCUGGAAUUAAAGUUCAUGAUGAUCCAAAGCUUCUGAAACAGAGCUUAAACAGCUAA